AUGUCGGCCCUUGGCUCCACUACAACUGGUCCCUACGAAACUAUGCACAUUCUGGAGAAGCACGUGCCCGAUAUCUUCAUUGCAACAUGCGGCAUUCCAUCGCCUGUGGUGAACCAUGGGCUUAAGCAAUUUAGUAUAAACACAGACCUCCUUCCACUGUUCAAAGCAGAUCAGUCUUAUUUACAGCUUCUCCUUGAGGUAGGGCACGCCGUUUUCAUGAUAGACGCGUAUUCCCUCUUAUAUGCCGCGGUAGUGGAUGGCACGCUGUCCCACACCACUGAUAUCUGUGUCGAUGUGGAGCUGCGGUCCUUCUUCUCCUCUGUUCCAGCAGCGUAUAAGGAGGGAAUCCCAAGCAGAAUUCUUGGCGCAUUUGCCCAGGGGCUUUCUGACCUCACUACCUCCUCUCGGCUUCAUGUGGCGUCGCUGUUUGAAGACUGGAUCCAGAACCCAGCCGAUAGAACACUCUAUCUGCAAACUUGCAUAAAGGUUCGGCACGAGGUCAGGUACGUCGUCUCAAUCCUCUCAGCUAUCAAUCAACUCCACAAGCAAUCCAUUGACAAUCUUGCUUCACAAAAAAAUGACCGUGAUAAGUACAAAACGCCCGUGCUCAUCCGUGGAAUGCAUCUCUAUAACUAUCUUUUGAACCUCCUCGGCAAACAUGGCAAGGACUACGAUGAUUCCAUUCUUCGCAUCACUCGACCUGUGGCCCAGGAAGUUGCAUCUAUGGUAUACUCGUUUUUAUCAGAUGGAUAUCUGAAUGACCCCUAUUCAGAAUUUUUUGCUGUCCCGGUGGACCUUGGAGACGAUGCAUGCAAUCAGAAUGUGUUAGAUAGUAAGCUCAAGGAGUUUCUGUUCCGCUUUGAUGCAGAGUGCUACACAGCCGCUCUCGAUCGACUGUCUCCUCCCACGUAUGUUGCGGUUGUAGCUCCAGGAUGCUCCUUGAUAAAGAAUCACUUUCCUAUCUAUUUUAAAUCAGAUCAUGCCAAGCAGAUUGUUAUGAUAGCUAGGUGCGGUAGAAUAUCUGGGGUCAACCGCGAAUCCAGGCAUUUACUGGAUGAGCUACGCAACAUAAUAGCACUCAAGGACUUUCAAGUGUUCGAUCGCAUAAGCUUUGACCGAUGUCUUAGCAGAUUGCUAUGCUUAUCGAGCCAGUCUCUCUGGAUACACCUCUUACAAAACGGAGUUCUCAAUCACAUCAAGAUGCUCUUCGAGAUAGCUUUCCUGAGGCAGGCUGAUGUUGCACAAUGCAUAUGCGAUGGUGCGGAGCGUGCUUUGAAGACACCGACAACGACCCGGCUAAUGACUCGUGCAUUUAACAUAGCUUUGGAGAAAGCUUUCAGCCUCUGUUAUAGGUACACACCCGCUGUUUCCUUAGACUUUGAGAACUUCUGUGAGAAAAAGAUUGGUACCAGAGAAGCUCCUAUCUUUGCUCCAAGCCAAGAUGGUGUGGAAACGUCGGAGUCAGUAGAUUACCAGAUGCUACAAUUCAUUGUAGACGACUUCGCAGCCAACGAUAUGGCGGUCUAUGACGAGCAGAAGGAGCUCCUGGGCCUCUUUGAAUUAAUCUACACAGAGUAUAGACCCCAACACGAAUUCAUUGCCGACCGCUUCCUGUACAAGCAUGGCAAGGAUGAUGGAGAUCACAAGGAAGAGCGGCUCUUGACUCCUCAGCAGAUAGAGCUGCUCCCAAUGGACCAACAGUUCAGGUACAGACGUAAGCGUUCGAUGAGGCAGCCCUUUUACGACCCAGAGCUCUCAGUGUACCCUCAUCUCCAGCAUAGCAAGCUUGAGGGAUACUCAAAGCACUUUCUUGCCAUCAACAACCCCAUCCUCCGCCUCCUCGUGUUGAAGUACUCCUGCGACAACACCAUCGGGCUUCUUUUAUCUCCCCAUUAUAUUCAGCUGUUAUCCAAAAUGUUCAAGGUACUACUCUCACUCAAGUACACCCAGAGUGUUAUAAAGUCUACGUACCUCUUGUGCUUGCGAAAGACAUCUUCAUCGGCUGUUCUUACUAAAGCGUACGGAAGAAAUAGCAUAGGACUCAGGCUCGCACCAAAGUAUACUGAGCCAUCCGCCUUUGGGCUCCAAGUCUUGACCAUAAAGCUCAUACCAUACACUAUCACACAACUCCUUCUCUUUUUUGAUCGUCUGUUCUUCUUUCUAGAAGUCCGCCACCUUGGGCCUAAAAUAUCUGAAUUCAUGACCAACAUAACACAAAUCUCACAGGCAUGCUACAAGGAAGACGCCAAUGACGGAAAACUUCUAGGUUUUGUGCACGCAAAUGAUCUAAUGAACACCUUCCUAUGCACCCUAGUUGUUAAGUUCUUCAUGAAGGACGAUAAGAUAAGUGCAAUGCUUCGCUAUCUAUGCGAGCUGUCACAAGAUUUCUGCUCUUUUAUUAGCAGAGCAGCCGACUCUGGUGUUCUCUGCAAGGGGAUAAAGGACCAUCUACGUCCCCCAUCCUCUGAGCAACAGCACUUCUAUGCGCAACUUCUGUCUUAUCAAAAAGAGAUUGGAGAAAGUAUUUUGGAAUUUGAGGACGCUAUUAAAAACAAUCAAUAA